AUGAACUCUGCGCCGCCUCUAGUUACCACGACCUCUGCUCCUCAGCCUAUACCAGCCACUUCCAUCGAGGCCAAACUUGUCGUCCUCGGCGCUCAGGGCGUGGGCAAGACCUCUCUCGUCUCUCGAUACGUCAAUCCCACCUCUCAACUGUCUAGCAAUGUCCAAUCCACCAUUGGCGCUUCUUUUGUCACCAAACGCAUCACAGACCCUGACUCCUCAACCACCAUCCGAUUGCAGAUAUGGGACACAGCUGGACAGGAACGCUUCAGAAGCAUAUCUCGACUCUACUACCGCGGCGCCAAUGCCGGCCUCUUGUGCUACGACAUCACCAAUGAAAACAGCUGGGAGGAAAUGAAAACAUGGCUGGCCGAGAUGAAGGAGAAUUGCGCCGAUGGUGACAUUAUGCCCAUAAUACAUGUUGUCGGCACUAAAAGCGACAUGGUUGCUGAUGACCCCGCUCGUCGCGAGGUUGUCUUCGAGAGAACCAUUGCCUAUGUUGCCGAGCAAUUGGGUGGUAUCACUGCACAGAGCACAGCUUCUACCCCUCCUCUGUCCAUGCGACCAGGGGGCGUCAACCACAACAAUGCCAAUGUCAUCCAUAGCCCUGAUUCCAAACGAAGCUCCGGUUUCUGGAACCAAGACAUUGGCUGGGACAGCUGCCACGAGAUCAGCGCAAAGGACGGGGAAGGCAUCGAGGAGGUUUUCCGAGUAAUUGCCCGAAAAUUAAUUGAUCAAAAGCAACAAAAGGAUGCGGCGGAUUUCGCUCGUCUCCAACAAAUCCCAGGCUAUCGAAGUGAAAAUGGCGACGACUAUUUCGCCGGCCACCACGGCCAUUCCGGCAGUUUUCGUGUGGGUUAUGGUGACAAGAGACGAAGUUGGCUCGGUCUCCCCAGCGUCGGCCUAGGAGGUGGAGGAGAGGCGGAUGGAGGAGCUGCAUUUGGCACGCGUGAUCCUGACGAGGCUCGACGCAGAGGAAGAUGUUGUUGA